GUAACUACUGGACUUUCUAAAUUCUCAUCGCUAGCUAAACCCACUUUGACAGAUUAAUUUGCAUCCCGAUACCGUUAUGGCGGCUAUGUGCCACGGAACUCUAGCUUUGCGAAGGAAGAUAUGUUUGUAACGCGCGGAGCUUAGAAGUACUUGCGCGGAGUCUGUCGCGGUCGUGCACCAGGGUGCCGACUCUAAAUGGAGAGAAAAUUGAUAGUCAAUUAUACGAUGCCGCGACGUCAAUCGUCAGGCCCAUCUGAGAAAGGCCUCGCUUUAUGUUCGCAAUUUGAACCUUUCUUUAGCCUUAAGCGAGUGCUUUCAUUGGUGGAGAGGCUCGCGUACGAUAUUAAGCGGUCAGCUAAGACCAAACUCAGCUCAAUGAGCAGUUUUAGCUUCCGACAAGAAGACGGAUGGAUGAUCAUAUUUAUUCAACUCGUUGACCUUCAGCGCUUCAUGCUGUGUGGGUGCUGGCGGUGCGGCCGCCGCUUGUACAAAUCCUGUGGUAUCGACCUUUCAACGUUGCAACACGCAGCCAAACAACUGGCCAUGUAUCGCGACUGGAGCUCUACUAUGCGACUGUUCAUUGAGAAGAUUUGUAGUACAUUCAGAGAGCUAGAUCUCGACUGGUCCAAAUUGUGGAGAGAUAUUCUCUCUGGUGUUUUGUAUGCAUGGAGAAUGAUUCCCUCCGGUGUUUUGUAUGCAUGGAGAAUCAUUCUCUCCGGUGUUUUGCAUGCAUGGAGAAUGAUUCCCUCCGGUGUUUUGUAUGCAUGGAGAAUGAUUCCCUCCGGUGUUUUGUAUGCGUGGAGAAUGAUUCCCUCCGGUGUUUUGUAUGCAUGGAGAAUCAUUCUCUCUGGUGUUUUGUAUGCGUGGAGAAUGAUUCCCUCCGGUGUUUUGUAUGCAUGGAGAAUCAUUCUCUCUGGUGUUUUGUAUGCGUGGAGAAUGAUUCCCUCCAGUGUUUUGUAUGCAUGGAGAAUCAUUCUCCCCGGUGUCUUGUAUGCUCUGGCAACAGUCAACAGCUUUUCGAUCAGCCAUCCAUAUAUAGCCGCUGGAGUCUUGCUGUGCAUCUCUGCGUUUACAAAUCCUACGAUCCUUUUGGCAUCAUUGCGGUUGAUGGGGGUUAUUGCACUGUUUAUCCCGGUGCAGUUGAUUACCUGGUGUUAUGGCUUCAGGAAUCAAGGAGUAGUAAAAGAUUCGUUUGCAUCCCGUUAUCAGUCCAAUAUGCCUGGCGGUUCCGUGCCACGAAACUCUCCAUUCUCGACACUCCAGUCAUAUGGGGCCACCCCAUCGCCACCCAUAUCGGUGCUUGUCUCCUUGUUGUCGUAUACUGGAGCUGUAUUUGUCCUGGGAAGAGAGUGGGGGUGGUGGUUUCAAUGAGGUGGCUGAUAGUGUUGUGUAUCGAAUGUCGAAUGGAAAUUAGAUACCAUGGCGCCAUUAUGUCAAGCGCCAUUGACAGUCCCUCGGGGCAUGCGUCGCUGAGCGACGAAACCCCUGUUUCGAUAUGCGUCAAGGCGUGACGCGUCUGUGUGUGAGUAUGCAUGGGAGCCCUGCGGUAUGACCUGGAGUAUUCGUUGGGUGCAUAUUAGUAUCAUUUUAAGACCACGACUGCAACUUUUCGUGAAGACUGC